GAUUAAUUUCUAAUUAAAAUAAUAAAUAAAAAAGGAAUUUAAUUAAAAUCAUAAAUUUUUUUUAAUCCACUUAAAAGCGUUGCUUAGCAACCCGUGACAACACAAACUUAAAAAUUGCUGUAGGAAUAAUGACCUUAUAUUUCGAAAGUCCCGUGAGUUUUCUGGAAAAUGGGGCCAUAUCCACGAGCGGAAUUUGGCACCCAAACGCCCCUUUACUCGCAAUCGCCAGUUAUUCACAAGAAAAAGGGGGAUUCGUUACAAUUUUCGAUGAACUUGGGGAGCCGUUACAAGACAUAAUUUUCCCUACGCACCCCGUGUCUCAAGUAACCGCUUUAGCAUGGCACCCAGAAAAACGAUUACUAAUAACCGGGUGGGAAAACGGCGAAAUAAGAACUUGGACAAACUCGGAGAAAGAUUUCGUCACGAUAAAUGCCCCCCAUAAAGUUCCGGUUAUGUUAAUUGGGUUUAGCGAGAAAGGAAAUCGAUUGGUCACGUGCGAUUCGUCAGGAAGUUUGGUUGGUUGGAAAAUGGAAGGAAAAUCGCAAAUAGUAACAGCAUUUCAUCAUGAAUUAAAGGAGUGUAUAACCCAUCUCGCAUUUCGUUCGACUGUAAAAACGUCCGAUUUUGAUAUUGAGGGUUUAGCGAGAGCUGCUGUUAACGGGGAUGAACAAGCGUUGGAUAUUUUUAGUAAUUGGCGACCUAAAACGACAGCGAGGAAGUUUCGAUUACAAAAUGGGAAUGAUAAUUUAUGUUUUUACGUUGGUACCCAAGAAGGGAGCGUUUAUUAUAUUAACCAAUCAGGGGCUUGUACUGAAGUUUUAAACACAGAAGGGGUCCAGUUGAGUUAUGUACUUUAUCACCCCGUUCGGGACGUUUUAAUAAUAAUGUUGGAAGGGCUCACGAUUGGUUACUUCAACGUUGACUUGCAAGGUCAAUUAACGGAAGUAACAAAAGUGAAAUUAAGUGGAAAAACUCAAGGGGUUCGAACGAAUCAGGGAUUAGUUUGGACCGGAAAUGGUUCUUUAGCAAUUUUAACCGGCGAUUUAAUGGUUAGAGUUUGGGAUAUCGACACAAACGAUAAUUACGUUUUACCCACUACGUUUAAAACUUAUUCCUUCGAGAAGGAUCGUGUAAAACAAAUAAACGAAAGCUUCACUUGCUUAUCAUUCUGCCAAAGUAAUCAAACUUUAUGCGGAGCCACAAAUAUUGGGAGGAUUUAUUUUUGGGUGAAGAGGCCGUUUAAAAACGAAUUUAUCGAGAAUCCGGAAGAUUGUUGGGAAUUAACCAACAUCACAUCGGUGAAUGGAACGAUUAAGCAAAUUAUGUGGGGCUCGAUUAGUUUACGACUCCCCCUUUUAAGCGUUAACGCUGUAACUAAAGUUUAUAUAAUGAAGGAGCAAAGUUUGUGUUGUUGUUGUAGCGAGAAAAUUUGGGCGAUUCAAAAAAACGCGAAUCAAAUCCUUUUAGAAACCGAAGAUACUAAUUAUUUAUUAAAUUUGGAGGUACAAGUAACGGACAUGAGUGUGAACGAGAAUUAUUUAAUCGUAACUAAUGGGAGAAACGUUUUGGUUUAUGAAAUUAAUUGGAAAGGAGGUGAAAUCAACUCGGGGGUUAAAUACAACGAAAAAUCGAAAAUCUCGAUGACUUUAUUAAGUAAUUUCGUUAGAGAUAAUGAGGGGGUUUUGGUUUACGAUAAAUUUGUUGUUACUUUAUACCCGAAUAGUGUUAAUAUUUACUCGGUUAAUGCGAAUUUAAUUUGUUCGAUCCCCACAAUUUCUAAUGAAGGCGAACCGAUCGGUUUUGACGUCCACAACCAAUUCUUAACCGUAUUCACAAUCGAAGGAUAUUUAAAAGUGUACGAUUUAACGGAGAGGACCCCAAAAUUAAUCACAACACCUUGCAAUUUAUACGAUCUAUGCACCGAUUUCGGGGAAAUAAUCCAGGCGAAGUCAAACAGUGCCGGCACAAAAAUCGCUUUGACUUUAGCAGCGUCGAAUUUAAUCCCCGAUGGGAAAUUGUACAUCUUUGAUAUCGAAAAGGACAAAUUAAAUUGGUACGAUUUUAAAAAACGUAAUUCAACCGAUUACGAGGAUGAAAAUGAAGUGGAAUCGAAUCAAAUUUGCACGAAUCGGAUCCCUUUGUCGGUUUAUUGGGACCACUCGGACCCGCGAUUACUAAUUUGUAACGCGAAAAAGUUAAAAACGCCGAUUUCAAAGAGUUUAAUUAAUUUGUAUGGGAAUAAGAAUGAGCUCGAAAACGAGGACCAUGUUUUAGUGUCGAUUUUUUAUUCGGAAAGUGGGAUUUGUAUCCACGAUAUUAAAGCGAUUCCUUCCGAGGCUAAGUUAUUGGGGUUAAACACCCCUUAUAUAAUUAUUUUAAAAAAGAUGAGUAUUUUAAGGGAGGUUAUGAACGAAUUUGUCGGGUUAGAGGGAUGUAAUAAAACGACUCGCGAGGCCGUUUUAGAUUUUAGUUAUAAUUUGACCUUGGGAAACAUGGAUGCCGCGUUUAAGGCGAUUAAAUUGGUGCAUAGCGCCGGGGUUUGGACGAGUUUGGCUCGGAUGUGCGUUAAAACGCGCCGAUUAGACGUUGCGGGGGUUUGUUUGGGGCAUAUGGGGAACGCGCGAGCUGCGCGUGCUUUAAGACAAGCUUUAUCGGAUCAAAAUUUGGAGUUAGAGGCGAAAUUGGCGGUUUUAGCGAUCCAAUUGGGGAUGUUGGAUGAAGCGGAACAACUUUACAUCCAAUGCGAACGCUACGAUUUAUUAAAUAAAUUAUUACAAACCAGGAAUAAGAUGGAGGAGGCAUUGAGUUUAGCCGAAAAGAAAGACCGGAUUCAUUUGAGGAACACUCAAUACUUAUACGGUAAAGAACUCGAAUUAAAAGGAAACAUUAAAGAGGCUAUUACCCAUUAUGAAUUAGCUAAUACACACCGACAAGACGUUCCGAGGAUGUUAUUAGAUGACCCGGAACGAUUAAAAAGUUAUAUGAUGCAAACUAAUGAUGCAGAAAUGCUGAAAUGGUGGGGCCAAAACAUUGAGUCGCAAGGCGAUAUGGGGAACGCGUUAAAAAUUUAUGUUAAAGCGGGGGAUGUUUAUUCGCAAGUUCGCGUUUUGUGCUUCAUGAAUGAGGAGGCGAAAGCCGCGGAAUUAGCGAGGAGGAGCAACGAUAAAGCAGCGUUUUACCACAUGGCGCGGCAUUAUGAGACGAUCGGAAACAUAGAAGAAGCCGUAUCCUUCUUUAUAAAAGCAAACGCCUACAGCAACGCCGUCCGAUUAUGCAAAGAAAACAAUUUAAGCGACGAAUUAUGGAACAUAGGGACCGUAUCGACAAAUAGAGACAAAAUAGAAUGUGCUAAACACUUGGAAAGUAUUGGAUUUUCAGAAAAAUCGGCUAUUUUAUAUCACCGAGCUGGGAUGUUACACAAAGCUUUAGAUUUAGCGUUUAAAAAUAAACAAUUUGAAACGUUGCAACAAAUCGCCGUUGAUUUAGACGCCGAAUCCGAUCCGGCUUUAAUUAAAAAAUGUGCAGAGUAUUUCGUGAGUAACCAACAAUUCGAAAAAGCCGUUGAUUUAUUGGCAAUCGGAAAAAAAUACAAAGAGGCCAUCGAUUUAUGCUUAAAAUACAACGUCCAACUCACAGAGGAUUUAGUCGAGAAAUUAACCCCCGAAAAGGAUCAAAUUCCCGAAGAAACCCGAUUAAAAAUUUUAGAAACUUUAGGAGAGAGCUUACUAGAACAAUCCAAUUAUCAUUUAGCCACGAAAAAAUUCACGCAAAGCGGAAAUAAAAUUAAAGCAAUGAAAUCGUUAUUAAAAUCGGGAGACACAGAUAAAAUAAUAUUCUUCGCCGGAGUUUCCCGCCAACGAGAAAUCUAUAUAAUGGCAGCGAAUUAUUUGCAAUCACUCGAUUGGCAAAAUAAACCAGAAAUACUUCGCCACAUAAUCACCUUUUAUUCGAAAGGAAAAUCCCCCGAUUUAUUAGCCAAUUUUUACGUGGCAUGCGCCCAAGUUGAAAUUGAUGAAUUUCAAAAUUAUGAGAAAGCCUUCGGGGCCUUAACAGAAGCCUCACGGUGCUUAACAAAAGUAACAACUCCACAAGAUCCGAAUCAAUUACGACGAGCCACUGAGAUUGUUCAAAAUCAAUUGACUAAUGUGAAAAGAUUUAUCGAUAUUAAAAAGUUGUUCGAUCGGGGUGAUUUGCAAUCAGCGAUGAAUCAAUGUAGGCAAUUAUUAGUUACUGGGGGGCCGGAUUUGGAGCGUUCCGUUCGUCGAGGAGACGUUUAUGCUCUUAUAAUACAAAUGUGUGUUAAAAACGGAAAUUUUAAUGAAGCUAAACAAUAUUUAAAUGAAUUAAAACAAAUCGUAGGAAAUUCCAAUGUUUUUAUUACUUAUUAUGUUAAUAAAGAUGUUAUUGAGGACGUUGCUAGAGGAUUAGGGGUUUCUGUAGCUACAUUAAUCCCGCUUGAUAAUAAAAACCAAGACGGUGAUGAUGACGAUGAUGAAGAAGAAAUUGUGGAGGAAUAAUUUUUAAUUUUUUAUAUUUAAUUUUUAAUUAUAAUGUAGUGUUUAAAUAAAUAUUUAUGCGAAUACAAUAAGUAAAAGGUUCUUCAUUAACUCAAAUUAUAUUAAAUUUUAAUUUAAGGACAAUUCUAACCUCAAUUAUUAUUACCAAUUUAUAUUGGUGAUAUGUGUAAUGAAGAAUAAGUUGCAACAAGUUCUAAAACUACAUCUUUAUAAGAUUGGGUGAAAUAUAACUUGGAAUACCUAAAAGGGAUAAUAAAAAUACACAUAACCUCAAAAAGUUUUUUUUUAAGUUACUUCAUAAAUUAACUUAAGAAAAUACGAAUUUAAUCGUUGAAUUAUGGAAUAUUAGAACCGUAUCAGGAAAUAUAGUUAAAAUAAAUACUUAGAAAGCAUUGGAU